GUUAGUACCGCCCCGGCGAGAAGGGUUGACGUCACAAAGUUUCUAAGAGCAAGAAGAAGUCGGUGCCUCGCAGCAUUCAGUUGGACUCAGACAGUUGUCCUGCUGGUCACUACUUCACACCAGAAACAAUAGGUCUGAAGACAAUGAUGGACAUCAUAAGCACUACACCCUACUAUCACAGCAAUGUCACAGACCUGUCUGGGGGAAACGGUUCUUUUGAAGAAGAGUAUGAAGACGAGGAUGAACAUGCUGAGCUCAGGCAAUCCCUUAACAUCAUGUCGAUUAUUGUUUACUGCCUGGCCUUUGUUCUUGGGGUGCUGGGAAAUGGAGUGGUCAUCUGGGUCACUGGAUUUAAAAUGAAGAAAACGGUCAACACAAUCUGGUUCCUAAACCUGGCUGUGGCUGACUUCCUCUUCACAGCAUUUUUACCGCUGAGCGUGACGUACACAGCAAUGGAUUUCCACUGGCCGUUUGGCAAAUUCAUGUGCAAACUCAACAGCACUGUCGGCUUCCUCAACAUGUUUGCCAGUGUGUACAUUCUGGUGGUGAUCAGCAUCGACCGAUGCGUGUCUGUGGCGUGGCCCGUUUGGGCUCAGAACCACCGGAGCGUUCGCAAGGCCUCCUGCGUGAGCCUGGGCGUCUGGGUGCUGGCAUUGUUCCUCAGCUCUCCGUACUUCAUCUUCAGAGACACCGGAGCAUCUUUCAACGAUGAGGAUAUUAUCAACUGCUUCAGUAACUUUGCUCUCUCAGAUGAUUACGAAACCCCCGCCGUGAACCAGCUCCGCCAGUUUCGCCACCAGGCGAUGACCAUCACUCGGUUCCUCCUCGGGUUCGUGGUUCCCUUCACCAUUGUUGUGUCCUGCUAUGCGGUCAUAAUCCAUCGCCUUCGGAGGAACCGCUCUCUGGCAAGGUCAGGGCGACCUUUCAAAAUAAUAGCGGCUGUCAUCACAGCAUUCUUCCUGUGCUGGGCUCCAUACCACAUCAUGGCUCUGAUAGAGCUGGUUAACCACGUAGCUGCAGAGUUCAGUGAAACUUUGGACCAUGUGACCACUAUCGGGGUCCCAAUCGCCACCAGUCUGGCAUUCUUAAACAGCUGUCUGAACCCCUUGCUGUAUGUGUUUAUGGGCCAGGACUUUAAGGAGAAGAUCCGCAGGUCCAUCUUGAAGGUGCUAGAAAGUGCCUUCCAGGAAGAGCAGUCCCGAUCCAACACAUACACAAACUCAGGCUUCACGAGUCGCAGCAAAGAUAGGUCCUUCUCUGAUGCUGAAGUAUAGGAUGGUUGACAUUUACAAACCAUUUCAGAUUAUAAUAUCAAGACUUUGCUUCAUAAAAAAAACUGUAAGUAACUAUAAAUUAUUAACAUGAACCAGCCGCAGAGAAGAUAAACAAAUAGUGCUGUUAUGAAUAGAUCAUGCUGUUUAUGUAUCUAUAUGCCAUAUGAAUUUUCAUUUACCAUACGAACAUUUUUAUACACACAUGCAUACACAUACAUACAUUAUGUAUGUAUGCAUGCAUGCAUGUAUGCAUGUAUGUAUGUAUGUAUGUAUGUAUGUAUGUAUGUAUUACAUACAUGCAUAAAUAUAUGCAUGCAGAAGUAUUUUGAUAUGCGUACAUUGGUUUACAUACACCUAUUGUGUAUGUUACUGUUAUUGACAGAAACGUUAUUCAUUGUGUUAUAAACCUUUCACUAUAAUUGUUGAUCUUUUUGUUUUCCAUUUUUUUGAUGAUUGUGAAUAUUUGCCCACAUUUGUAUUAUUGUUGAUUUUGUUGAUUUUAGAAAAAAUUGUGUAUAUAUAUGAAUGUCAUUGCAUGCCAUUCAGAACAGCCCCCUUACAGAAUAUAUGUAUAUACUUCACAUUUAUUCUUUGAAAAAAGUUUUAUGUUUACUUUUGUUUAAUUAGGUCCGUUUUAAUCCUUGAUCAGUAAUAAAUCAUAAAUAUAUUUCUGAAA